AUGAUUUGUGCACCAACUAAAGAACAAUGUGAAAAAGAUACUGUAGCUCUCUUAAAACAUUUAGAUGCACAAGGCCACAAAGCAAGCCUGAAAAAAUUGCAGUUUGUAAAAGAACAAGUUUCAUUUUUAGGGCAUGUGAUCACAGCAGAGGGCAAAUCCCUCUCCCCUAAGAGAGCAUUAGCAAUUCAAAAUAUUCCAAAACCUGUCACAAAGAAACAAGUGAUGUCAUUCCUGGGAAUGUGUUCUUAUUGUAGAUCAUUUAUUCCUAAUUAUGCUGUCCUCGAGGCGCCCCUUAGCGCAAUCGCACACGGGCAAGGCUUACAAGCAUAUAGCAAAGUGACAUGGACUGAUGACGCGGAGAAAGCUUUCACUGACUUGAAACUGACCUUACAAACGACUCCGACUUUAGGGCUACCCAACCCUGACCGACCUUUCACACAGGCUGUUGACGAAAAGGGGGGCUACAUGACUUCAGUUCUCCUCCAGGAACAUGGGGGCAAACAGAGACCUGUUGCAUUUUUCUCAGCAAAACUUGAUCCAGUUGCUGCAGGGCUGCCUACUUGUCUCAGAGCUGUAGCAGCGGCAGAGAAGGCUGUAAUGGCAUCCAGGGAUUUAGUGGGGUACUCCCCACUCACCCUGUUGGUACCACAUGCUGUGUCUAUGAUUUUGUUGGAACAAAAGACAUCUCAUUUGUCUGCUGCACGCUGGCUCCGUUAUCAUGCUAUUCUGUUGGAAAUGCCUAACAUCACUGUGAAAAGAUGUAAUGUUCUUAACCCAGCUACUCUUCUUCCAACAGAAGGAGAUGGUGAACAACAUAAUUGUGUAGUAACAAUAACCGAAGUUUGUUCCCCCAGACCAGAUUUACAGGAAACACCACUGCAGAAUCCAGACCUUGAACUGUUUGUGGAUGGAUCAGCGUCUCGCAAUUCAGACACAGGAGCAAAUCAAGUUGGUUGCUCUGUGGUAACAGCACAUGAUACAUUGAUUGCACGACCUCUCCCUGCUUCCCUGUCUGCACAGGCAGCAGAGCUCACUGCUCUCAUUGAAGCAUGCAAAUUGGCUAAGGGGAAAAGGGUUAACAUCUACACUGACAGUAGAUAUGCAUUUGGUGUAGUACAUGAUUUUGGCACGAUUUGGAAACACAGAGAAUUCCUUACAUCAUCAGGCAAACCAAUUGCGCAUCAUGCUCUAGUGUCUCAGAUGCUUGAUGCUGUCCUCCUCCCCAAACAGGUUGCUGUAUGUAAAUGUGAUGCUCACACUUCCAACAAUGACCCAGUAUCACAAGGAAAUGCCAGGGCAGAUGCAGCAGCGAAAGCAGCUGCUCGCCAGCCACUAUCUGCUUCACACAUCCUCUUACAGGUCGACCCCACCACCCCCACGGCUGACCUGCAAGACCUUCAACUUAGAGCAACAGCAGAUGAGCGAGGACUUUGGAAGAGAAGUGGUUGCACACACACACAUGGGGUGUGGGUGGGCCCUGAGGGGAAACCUUGUCUGCCAAAAUAUCUGUUUCCUCAUUAUGCAAAGUUAACGCAUGGGAAGGAUCAUGUUUCAAAAGGAUCAAUGAUGGCUGCUAUUUCACAACAUUGGUUCACUAAGGGGUUUUCUAGCUACGCUCAGAAGUUUUGUCAAGCAUGCAUGAUUUGUGCUACUAACAACAUUGGUAGAGGAAUGCAGGCCCCACAAGCUGCACAUCCUCCACCUGACAAACCAUUUGAUCAUCUACAGAUGGAUUUUAUUGAACUAACACCGAGUGAAGGGAAAAAAUAUUGCUUGGUUAUAGUUGAUAUGUUUUCUAAAUGGGUUGAAGUUUUCCCCACAUCGAAACAAGACACAGGUGCCGUAGUUAAAGCGUUGAUCACUGAACUUAUUCCUAGAUGGGGAAUCCCGAGUAAAAUCAGCAGUGACAACGGAACUCCUUUUGUUAGUGCUGCACUGAAACAAAUGAGUAAGUAUUUGGGCUUUGAUCUGAGAAAACAUUGUGCCUACCACCCAGCUAGUGCUGGAGCGGUGGAAAGAGAAAAUGGCACGCUAAAAAACAAAUUGGCAAAAUGCUGUGAGGAAACUGGAUUAUCGUGGCCUAAGGCUCUCCCACUCGUUCUCAUGCAAAUGAGAAUGAGGGUCAGACCAAAAUAUGGAUUGAGCCCAUUUGAGAUUCUGUUCGGACGCCCAGCGAACACGGGCAUUGGACCUGUUAAAAGACCAAUGCCCUCAACAUCUCUCUGUGAAGAUGAAAUGCUAUGUUAUUGUACAAAUCUCUCUUCUGCUUUAUCUGCCAUCCACAAACAGGUAAAAGACGCACUCCCUACCCCGGCAACUGGACCACUUCAUGACCUGAAGCCAGGCGACUGGGUUGUAGUAAAAGACCUAAGGCGGAAAAGUUGGCGACACAGACGCUGGACAGGACCGUACCAGAUCCUUUUAACGACCCACACGGCGGUGAAGGUUGCUGAGAGGACAACAUGGAUUCAUGCCAGUCACUGCAAGAGAGUCCCAGAACCAGAACAUCCACCUGCUGCACCCACAAUGAAUGAUUAA